AUGAAACAGCUGCAUGACACAACUAAGAAACUAUCUGGGAAAUACAGCAAGCCAGAACGACCUAUCAAGGACAAGGAGGGAAAGGUCAUCACAGGACUAGCACAGCAGAUGAAUAGAUGGUCUGGACACUUUUAGGAACUCCUAAACAGACCAGCACCACCAAAUCCACCAAACAUCAUCCAAGCCAAAGAAGAUCUCCCCAUCAACUGCGGCAAGUCGACUAGAGAAGAGAUCGGGAAGGCCAUCACCCGGAUGAAGAACUGGAAAGCAGAGACCCUGAAAGCAGACCUGAAAUCAUCAGUGGAGAUGCUGUACCCUCUCUUCAAGAAGAUCUGGGAGGAAGAAGAGAUACCGACUGACUGGAAUCAAGAUUCCAAAGGUGACCUCAGCAACUGUAACAACUGCAGAGGUAUCAUACUCCUGUCAGUGCCAGGCAAGGCCUUCAAUCGGAUCCUCCUAGAGUGGAUGAAGGAUGCCGUCGAUCCACAACUAUGA